AUGGCGGGCUACGACGACGACGACGACGACUCGUAUGAGCGACAGUCUCAAUCUUACGAUGCGAAGAAACGCAAGAGAUCCCAGUCGCCAUCCCGGAAUGGAAAGUCCUCCUCCCGCCGAGGUGAAAAGCGCGAAGACGGCGGCACCGAUGAACUCCCGCAGCCCUACAAUGCAAAGGAACUUCAGCCCGCCAAACGACGAGCCGUCUCUCCCUCGGAGCAACCUCGCAAGCUGAAGAGACCUGGCGCUCGAGCUCGCAUCUCCGAAGCCGAACGAGAAGCAAUACGUCAGCGAGCAUUGGAGCGAGAGAAGGAAAUGGAGGCUCAGGCUCAGGCUGCCGCGGAACGCCAACGUAGCACUGCCAAUAACAACGUCGUUACGCAGCAUUAUAACAGUGUGCCAGAACGAGGCAGGGACUGGAGACGAACAGAUAGUAAGAUCAAGGGGCUUCGUGCCUUCAACAACUGGGUCAAGAGCUGCAUCAUCCAAAAGUUUUCGCCGGAUGAGGACCAUACCCCCGGCUCUCGAGAGCAGGGGCUUUCGACUGAGAAAGAGCUGCUCGUACUCGAUAUCGGCUGUGGGAAGGGAGGCGACCUGGGCAAGUGGCAGCAAGCGCCGCAACCAGUGGAGCUCUACGUCGGUCUGGAUCCCGCGGAUAUUAGUAUUGACCAGGCUCGGGAGCGCUAUCGCCAGAUGGGUAGUCGCGGAGGGGGUGGUAGGGGCGGGAGAGGUGGAUACAGACGACCGCCUCCGCGACUUUUUGAGGCACGUUUCCACGUCAAGGACUGCUACGGCGAAAACAUCGAGGACAUUGAAAUCAUCAGACGGGUCGGAUUCGACACCAACCCCCUUAGCCGGCAAGGAUUCGACGUUGUAAGCAUGAUGUUCUGCAUGCACUACGCGUUCGAGACAGAGCAGAAGGCCCGUACCAUGCUGCGUAACGUUGCCGGUUCACUGAAGAAGGGAGGGCGUUUGAUUGGAUGCAUUCCCAACUCCGACGUUCUGGGCGAGCACGUCCGAAAGUUCAACGAGCAACAGGAAGAGAAGAAAAAGAAGGCCGCCGAGGAGCCGCCUCAGGAGGCAGAAGAGGGAGAACUGGAGGAUGGUGAAGCGGAGCAGUCGGCGGAGUGGGGCAACUCCAUCUAUCGAGUCCGAUUCCCGGGCAAAACACCAGCUGAUGGCGUCUUCCGGCCCGCAUUCGGCUGGAAGUACAACUUUUUCCUCGACGAAGCUGUGGAGGAGGUGCCUGAGUACGUCGUCCCAUGGGAAGUACUCAGAGCCCUGGCCGAAGACUACAAUCUCGAACUGCAGUACCACAAGACGUUCAUGGAGAUUUGGGAGUCGGAGAAGGAUGAUGAAACACUUGGUCCUUUGAGUGAGAGAAUGGGCGUUCGGGAGCGUGGUGGUGGACGCCUUCUCGUCUCGCCAGAGGAGUUGGAAGCGGCAAGCUUCUACACCGCUUUCUGUUUCUACAAGGUGUAA